ACUGAGAAAAAAAAAAGGAAGUCAUUUCAUGAAUAAAAAUCGGAGCGCAACAGUACAACAAACAAUAUUCCACUUGUAAAGGUAACAGACAGGCAAAUGUUUACAAAGGGGGCUCGAAUAAAACUGAGUUUGAAAUUUUUUUUUUGCUAGUUGCAUACAUAUAUAUACGAGCACAGAGAGCUGGUCACUUUUGGAGUCACGGACAGAAGAAGAAAGCUGCAGCCUCAGCCACAGUCAGAAACGGACUAUAGUGAAGAGUCGGAACUGCCGAAUCGCACAGCUUACUGAGAGCUGCACACCACUGACUACGCAGCUUUCCUUUCCCUUCCUUCCUUCUUCCUUCCUUCCUUCCUUCCUUCCUUCCUUCCUUCCUUCCUUCCUUCCUUCCUUCCUUCCUUCCUUCCUUCCUUCCUUCCUUCCUUCCUUCCUUCCUUCCUUCCUUCCUUCCUUCCUUCCUUCCUUCCUUCCUUCCUUCCUUCCUUCCUUCCUUCCUUCCUUCCUUCCCUUCUUCUCUUCUCUCCUAUUUUCUUUUUAGAUGUUUCCUUUUGCCUUUCCUCCUCCAGAUCUUUAGCUGUCUAACUCCUUUUCCUCUCUGCCCCCUCUCCUUCUCCCAGUGUCACACGCCCUCUUAGUUCUGUGUCUGCAAACUUUUGAACAGAAUCCUCGCAUCAGCAAACAAGUCCUCCUCCUCCUCCUGCUCCUGCUGCUGCUGUUCCUGCUCUUUCCUGCAGCUUUUCUUUAGACAAGAGGAGGAGGUGAUGCCACUUACGUUGUGAACUAUUUCGAUUGAAACUUGGAGAAACAGUUUGCCCGCUGUCCUAAUUGGAAUCAAACGCUUUCCGUGCCGAGGUUUAAGAGUUGAAUGAAUGGCAAUGUGUAGCAAAGCGACUCUAGCCUUGCUGAUCUAUGGAAUACUAAUGCAUAGCAGUGUCUACUGCUCACCUGCAGCUGGACUCCAGUUUCCUGCUUUCAGCAGGCUGGAUGAUGGAGUAUAUGAUGAGGAUGGGAACACGCUCCAAGACUUCGCCUUUGAUAAUAGCCGCCCGGGCUUAGGAAAUACAGCAUCCAUGCUGGGGGACGUGUACACGCUCUAUUAUCCAUCGGAAGAGAGACAAACGGAUGAAAUAUUGAAUAAAGCCUACAGGAAAGUCCUUGGCCAGCUGUCUGCGAGGAAGUACCUGCAUUCCCUUAUGACCAAACGCACAGGUGGGGGUAGCGGCGUGGAGGACGACUCUGAACCUCUUUCCAAGCGCCACUCGGACGGAAUCUUCACAGACAGCUAUAGUCGCUACCGGAAACAAAUGGCUGUCAAGAAAUACUUGGCAGCGGUCCUGGGGAAAAGGUAUAAACAAAGAGUUAAAAACAAAGGACGCCGCAUAGCGUUUUUGUAGCGAUGAGUUACCUACCAGCUACCCUGUGUGUACAGUCCUCUUAACAGAACGAAAAGUCAUUUCCAAAACUGACUGAAUAGUCAUCGCGCCUGUGUUCUAUCUAAACAUGUAUUUAUGUAUGAAGUAAAGCCAUUAAAUGAAUAUUUUGAUAAUAAUAUUGUUUUUCUUUUGUACAAAGCACUAGAGAACUCACAGAUCUACUUUGUGGACCAAUCAUUUAAGUUAUAUAUACUAUUAUAAAUAUAUAAAUAUAAUAGAGAACAAUUCAUAUAAAGCGUGCACAAGGAAUGAUAAAUUCGCCUGAGCUGUUUAUGUUUUUAUAUAAAAUAAAUAGAAAAAAGACAAUCAUUGUUUUGGAUAUUACUCUUAUUUUUGUAACUGGAAUUAACAGGAUAGUAUUUUUAUCCACGACAGGGGUGGAGACAUUAAUACUGACCAUUUGCUACUGUACAUAAACACUGAUGCCCUCUAUAAGGGGAUUAUGAGGUUAAUGAUUUGGGAGAAUUGCUGAAGCACAUUCGUCCCCCCAGUGAAUCUCCUUUAAAAAAAAAAAAAGGCUGCCUUAAUUCCAGCCUGUCGUAAAGGGGCACUAUCCCCCUUUCUAGAGAUUUAAAUUUUCCGCUUUCUUUGAUUCCACUUGUAUAUGUAUUUGUGUCUCCUCAAACAGUGAGCUUAGAAGUUAAUUCUCUUGUGGUGAAAGAACAGCUCUCUCCAAAUUGUGCCUCUCUGUUGACUUAGAGCAGUUGAGAAAGAAGGGGUUAGAGGAGGAAAGAAGAAGGCAGAGAAAGGUGACUGAUAAAAACAAACGAGCCCCCUCAUUCUCUGUUCCUUAUGAAUCAGUCACAGGACCAAGAACGUGAAAUUAGAGCAGCUGGAUUAAAGAGUUGGAAAUUUAGAUACAGAAAGAGUCACAGUGUAAGGCAGAAAAGGAAAACCCCAGAGAAUUUUGAGCGGUCAUAGGAUAGGGUCUGAGUAUCUUGAGGCAAAUACAGUCCCACUAACUGACCUUGGGCAGCUCCGUAUUGGAACUUGAUACAAAGUAUAAUGUGUUUCUCUCCAGUGCUGUCCAUUCUUUUCAUCAUGUGAAAUGGCCAGGGUUCUCUCCUUUGAACUAUAUUCAAUUGGAGUUGUUCCUUUCUUUGUUGUUUUCCUGUAGACCCUUCUUCCCCAUCCCCCCCCCCUGCACUAUUUAAUCACUGUUUACCCUUUUCAUUCACUACUUUAAAAAAUUGUGAAUGCUUGUUCUCACUCUUUGUUCUGUUUUAUGCAAGCUCUUAUUGUAAAGUUUAGGAACCCCUGUUGUAGCUACCACUAAAUAAUUAUGCACUAACUACAAAACUUUUGUUCUUUGUUUGUUGAGUUUGGAGGUAAAAUGUAUUUUUCUACAUUAUGCUUAUUGCUCAGUAAAAUUUAUUUCAUAAAUCAUUUUGUCAUAUUAAAAUGUAUAGUGUUCACAUACUGUUCAGUUCUACCCACUGAUAAAUCAUUUUAACAUCA